AGCAAUAAUUUUGUGUCGUGAAACUUUUAGCGAGAAUAAAAAAUUCGUAUAAGUGAUUCCAACGUGUCAAUCCUGUUUCGAAAGUUUAUCGAAGUAGUAGAAUGUCAUCAGUGUUCAGUAACUAUUCAUAAGUGAGCCUUGUAAAUCCGUCGUGUAAAAAAGAGAGAGAGAACAAACUGCGUAUUUGGAUUAAAGUUUGUGAAUUAGCUGUAUAAGAUCGUGUACCACCGUAAAGUUGGAUUAUUUUGCUGGCUAACCACUGAUAAGGGUAGUGGUCAAUUAGAGACGUAAAGUUCUACUUGUAUUAACAAAUUCAUCGAGAAACUAAUGAUCCCCUGAAAAAGGCUUGGCAGAACGGCGGACACUAGGCAGGUAGCGGCGAGGGCAGAGAGUCGAAGGAGAGAGGUGGGCCGGUUCAGACACAGGGAAGCCGGAGGUAGGGGAAGGGGUCUAGUUGCGGUCCCAGUACUCGGGCCCAACAACCUACCAACCAGUCCUCGGAGAAACGCGGCCGAUGCCAGAGCUGCCGUUUACCCUUUCGAUCCAGCAGCCACUGACGCGUUGAUACUGUGUCGUUCCGUUUUCGUUCGAACAUUGAAUUGCUAACGAUUCAAUUAAAAUUGACAGGAUAAUAGCCACCACUUGUUACAGCGCGAGUGCCGACUGGUUGAUACGGUAGGAACCGUAUAAAGAUCGCCUCGCCUCCAAUGAAAGGAUUACCAGUUGGAUUAUUUUAGCCCGGGCGCUUUGGAUGUACAGUGUCUUUUAUUCUCAAGUGAAAACUAGAUAGUGAUGAGUGAUGUGAGAUAGUUAUUAGCGAGAAGGCCCAGAGCCGUUAUAAGAUAGGAUUAAAUUGAAUUUGAAGUGCGCGAGUAACAUCGACGAAGUGUAUGCAAAGAUAAGAGUGCAAAGAUGCAGGGUAGUCCUGCCUUCUUCGCGAUACUACUGGGCACGAUAUUCGGAGUUCUCGGAGCCUCCCUUAGCAAAGCUCUCAGAUACAAGGCACCCGAUGAAUGCAAGUGGGUCGCAACCGGGGAAACGGAAGACGACGUGUCUCUCGUUUGCCGUCUGAGAACCAUCAACAGCGAGUUGGAGAACACGAACUUCAGCGUGAUCCAGCCGCAGCAUACGGUGCGUCUGCGGUUGGAGUGUAGCGAUGCAUUAUUUUUUCAGAGCUCACUUAGCGCCGGAAGUUUCAGACCGUUGGUGGAACUGCGAGAGCUUGCUAUAGAGUAUUGUAAGAUCGGGAAUCUUUCCGAUGACGCCUUCCGGGGUCUCAAGGAACUGAGAAACCUGACGGUGCGCACCCACAACACGGACUGGUCUGCGAUGGCUCUAGACGUAUCUGCUGGCGCCUUCAGCGAAGAACUUUCUCAACUUGAAAGACUUGACCUCGGAGAAAACAACAUGUGGAGCAUACCAGAGGGCGCUUUAUGCCCCCUGUUAAAUCUCGAGGUUCUCAAUCUAACGCGUAACCGGUUACGAGAGGUGACCAGCUUCCAUUUUGGAACCGGCGCUAGGUGCGCCCCGGGAUUGCGCGAGCUGGACCUGAGCAACAACAGCAUCGAGUCACUGCCCGCCGCCGCCUUCUCCGGUUUGUCACGGUUACAUAGCCUUGAUUUACGCAGCAAUACGAUCACCUUUCUCGCCGAUCGAGCCCUCGAAGGUCUCUCCUCGCUCGAGGUACUAAAGCUCUCUGACAAUCGACUAGCGAGCUUACCACCCGAACUCUUUACCGACACACGAAACAUCCACGAAAUCCACUUGCGCAAUAACACUUUGAGCGUGCUUCCACCCGGACUAUUUGGCGAAUUAACGCAGCUUCAAGUGCUUGAUUUGUCUCGAAAUGAGCUCAGUUCUGAAUGGAUUAAUGCGGUGACAUUCGAUGGGCUCGUUCGUCUUGUCGUCAUGGAUCUAUCCCACAACAGAAUUGCUAGGCUAGAACCAGCUGUGUUCCGCGACCUCUACAGCCUGCAGAUAUUACGGCUGCAGGGUAAUUUAUUGGACAGCCUAUCGGAGAAUACAUUUUCUGCACUUAAUAAUCUGCAUAUCCUCGUACUCAGCGAUAAUCACCUAACCGCGAUUGAUGCUGGUACAUUAAGUGGCCUCCACGUCCUCAGUCUUCUCUCCCUGGACAACAAUCGACUGAGUAGUCUUCAUCCGAACUCGUUGAAGAACGUCUCGUCCUUGCAAGACCUCCAUCUUAACGGUAAUAGACUGUCAACAAUCCCGGAGGCUUUAAAGGCGACCCCAUCACUGCGUAGCCUGGAUCUGGGUGAAAAUCUCAUAUCUGAGAUUCCAAACGGCACUUUCGAUGAUAUGCAGCAACUCUACGGACUUCGAUUGACCGAAAACCAUAUCGGAAAUUUGACAAAGGGCACAUUCGAGAGGAUCACAGCUCUGGAAAUAUUAAAUCUGUCGAGAAAUCGAGUCCAGCAUAUCGAAGUCGGGACCUUCGACGCCAACACGAAUCUCCAAGCUAUACGACUGGAUGGAAAUCAGCUGACGGACAUCGUCGGACUGUUUACGGGACUUCCGAAUCUAGUGUGGUUGAAUGUGAGUGACAAUCGUUUAAAGGUGUUCGAUUACGCGAUGAUACCGACGGGACUGCAGUGGUUGGAUAUUCAUUCCAACGAGAUCAACGAGUUGGGUAAUUACUUUGAAAUCGAGUCUCAGCUUCAGCUGAACACUUUCGACGCAAGUUACAAUAAAUUGACCGAGAUAACCGGGAGUGCUAUCCCGACAAGUGUGGAACAGCUUUUCCUGAAUAACAAUUUAAUAUCAAAAGUGCAGAGUUAUGCGUUUUUCAAAAAGCCAAAUUUAACGCGAGUGGAUUUGAAAGCUAAUCGAAUACGCAACUUGGAACCUUAUUCGUUGAGGAUUAGUGUAGUGCCGCAUACUAAGUCUCUACCGGAGUUCUACAUAGGUGGAAAUCUGUACUUAUGUGACUGCACGAUGGAAUGGCUUCAGAGAGUAAAUCGGCAGACUCUAGCUAGGACUCAACCCCGAGUCAUGGACCUGGACAGUAUAGAUUGCAAACUUCUAUACGACAGAAAGCGCGUCUUUGUACCCUUAAUGGAAGCCACGCACUCACAGUUCCUCUGCAAGUACGAGACUCACUGCUUCGCGCUUUGUCAGUGUUGCGACUUUGACGCGUGCGAUUGCGAGAUGACAUGUCCAACAAAUUGUACUUGCUACCACGAUCAAUCGUGGUCAACGAACGUGGUCGACUGCUCGUCCGGAGGUCACGUCGGAAAGCUACCGGAGCAAAUACCGAUGGACGCGACUCAGCUUUACCUGGACGGUAACGACUUGAGGAUAGUGUCUAGUCACGCUUUCAUCGGACGGAAGAAACUGAAAGUGUUGUUCCUGAACGCUUCGAACAUCGAGAUGGUCCAGAACAGGUCGUUCAACGGGUUGCGUGAGCUCGAGGAUCUUCACCUACAAGAUAAUCGGAUCCGUGAGCUGAGAGGCCAUGAGUUCGAGGGGUUGGAUGAAUUGAAAACGUUGCUACUUCAGCAGAACAAGAUCGCGUCGAUCGCCAACAGUACCUUCGCGCCCCUGCGUUCUCUGUACACUCUUAGGCUGGAGGGAAAUCAUCUGACCAAUCUGGCUCUCUCAUCGCUACCAAAGCCCAUUAACCUCACCAUAUCGCGUAAUCCCUGGUCCUGCGACUGCGAAUAUCUCCAAAUGUUUCGAAACUGGCUUGAUGGCACGGUAAGCCGCGUUACCGACGCCUCGGACCUACGAUGCGUCUACAAUACAACCGAAUUCGAAGCCUACGGUGAGGAGACGUUCAACGACGACGAGUUUGGAUUCUCGUUGUCCAACGCCAACAGUUCUACGUGCACGGGUCUUGCCGCCAUCGAGAAUAGUAUUCGUGGCAAUCGGACCAAAAUCGAACCUCAGGCUCUUCACGAUUACCUUCCACUGCUAGUGGCAACCUUAUCCGCAUUUUUCAUCACAAUGCUGCUCUGCAUGUUGGCAUUCAUAUUUCGUCAGGAGCUUCGCGUCUGGUUUCACUCGCGUUUUGGAGUGAGAAUAUUCUACAGAGAAUCCGAGGUCGACAGGGAGGACAGAGACAAGCUGUUCGACGCCUUCGUUAGUUAUAGCUCAAAGGAUGAGGAUUUUGUUGCCCACGAGCUAGCCCCGGUCUUAGAAAGGGGAAACCCUGCGUACAAACUGUGUCUACAUUAUCGGGACUUCCCCGUGGGAAAUUUCAUAGCCGAUACCAUAGUACAAGCGGUGGAAUCCUCGCGAAGGACAAUCAUGGUACUCUCAGAGAACUUCAUCAAAUCGGAGUGGUGUAGAUUCGAAUUUAAGUCGGCUCACCAUCAGGUCCUGAGGGAUCGUCGACGCCGACUCAUCCUUGUGCUAGUCGGCGACGUACCGCAACGGGAUCUGGAUCCCGAUAUCCGACUGUAUCUCAAAACAAACACGUACCUGCAGUGGGGGGACAAGUUAUUUUGGGAAAAGCUGAGAUUUGCAUUACCCGACGUCCCCAAUAAUCAGCGGAGUUCACCGCAGAGAAGACAACCGCCGCCAGUCCGACGGCAACACAACAACCGGACAGCAAACGUUCAACGUACAGUUGCUGUGCACAUAUGAGUGAAAACUAAUACACCAAACUUUUAAACGAAAUAUUUUAUAUUUUCAUAUGAAUGUGAAACAGUGAUAUGAAUUUCUUC